AUGGGAGUGGUCGGAAAUGACAGAGUGGCAUGUGCCACGUUUCAAUUUCAAGAGGAUGCCUUGAUUUGGUGGGAGAUGGUAUCCCUCACCAGGGAUGUGGCCAGAAUGACCUGGGAGGAGUUCCGGGCAUUGUUCAAUGCUAAAUACUAUAAUGAAGUAGUUCGCAGUGCAAAGCGGAAAGAAUUUUUUGAGUUGGUACAAGGAGAGGGAAUGUCUGUGACUGAAUACACAACCAAGUUUGAUCGCUUGGCUAAGUUAGCCUCUGGAAUUGUACCAACAGAUUUUAGCAAGAAGGAGAAGUACUUGGCUGGACUAAAUGCCAAGAUCCGGCAUGAUUUGGUUAUUACAACGAAUGAUACCACAACUUAUGCAGAAAUGGUUCACAAGGCUCUUCGAGCUGAAGGAGCAGUUAAGUUUUUGCAAGAAACCCGAGAGCCUCUUGGUGUCGGUGGGACCACUACUCUCCCUAUUUCUGGCUCUGGAGAAGAGAGUGUUGAUUCUACUUUUGAGCAGAAGAAAAGAACUUUCCCAUCUUCGGGAAGUUCAGGGCAAGGAAAAAGGUUUAGAGGAAAUCAGAAUAGAGGGGGGCGUCAGACUUACUCCUAUCCAGAGUGCCCGCGUUGCAAGAAGCAUCACCCCGGGACUUGUAACCGGAGAGCCUGCUUCCAGUGUGGUUCGGUGGGGCAUCUCAAGAAAGACUGUCCUCAGUUGAAGAAAGAGGAACCAAAGCCUAAGGUCAAACAUGCGCCUGCACCUGCUCGUGUAUUUGCUAUAACUCAGGCUGAUGCUGCUGCCAGCCCUUCAGUAGUUUCAGGUCAGCUUCUAAUCAAGGGUUUUGUCUGUACUGUUUUAUUUGAUUCGGGUGCUACUCGAUCUUAUGUGUCAUCAAGAGUUCUUGAUCAGCUUGAUAGACCUAGUGAUAUUUUUGAGACGGGGUUUGGGACCCUGUUGCCUAAUGGGGAAUUAGUUAUUUCAAGAAAGUGGGUUAGAUCAGUGUUAAUUAGAAUUGAAGAUAAAGAAAUGAGCGCUGAUCUUGUGGACUUACCAUUGGUCGAGUUCGACAUCAUACUUGGUAUGGACUUUUUGUCUAAAUAUUCUGCUAGUAUUGAUUGUAAACGAAAAAUGGUAACUUUUGAACCGCAGAAUGAGGAACCAUUUGUCUUUGUUGGUUCGGUCCAAGGUUCUCGUGUUCCAAGAAUCUCAGCAUUGAAAGCUAGGGAUUUGCUACGCAGUGGAUGUGUUGGAUUUCUAGCAGUGGUAGUGGAUUCCAAAGAAUUACCUGGGUUACCACCUCAGCGAGAGAUAGAUUUCAUCAUUGAUUUGAUUCUUGGAGCAGAACCUGUUUCGAAAGCACCCUAUCGAAUGGCACCUGCUGAGUUAAAGGAACUGAAGAUACAACUUCAAGGGAUGCUGGAUCUAGGGUUCACUCGGCCUAGUGCGUCACCUUGGGGAGCUCCAGUUCUGUUUGUAAAGAAGAAAGAUGGGACUCUUCGGAUGUGUAUCGACUAUCGGGAGCUGAAUAAGUUAACUGUUAAAGAUAAAUAUCCUUUGCCUAGAAUUGACGAUCUAUUUGAUCAACUUCAGGGCAAAAUGGUAUUUUCUAAGAUUGACAUGAGGUCUGGAUAUCAUCAGUUGAGAAUUCGAGAGGAGGAUAUUCCAAAGACAGCCUUCCGAACCAGGUAUGGUCAUUAUGAAUUCCUGCGACUUAGAGAUCAUAAGCUCUAUGGAAAGUUCAAAAAGUGUGAGUUCUGGCUGUCACAAGUGUCCUUUUUGGGACAUAUUGUUGGGAAAGACGGGAUUAUGGUUGAUCCAGGGAAGAUUGAGGCGGUAAAAAAUUGGCCUAGACCUAAAACAGUCACUGAAAUUCGAAGUUUCCUCAGUUUAGCGGGUUAUUAUCGACGUUUUGUGGAAGGUUUUUCCAAGAUUGCAAUGCCGUUAUCCGAGUUAACUAGGAAGAACCAGUGA